UAUCGUGUCCAUUUGUCAGCCAGUCUCGAAGAUCAGCCCACCAAAUGCCGCUGAUGCCGACAAGCCUCAUCAACCCAAAAGCUUGUUUCCAGUGUAUCAUUGAUCGCCAUUGACGUCGCAAAAAUGGCUGAGCACCCUUCAUUCACUCUCGCCGGUCUUCUUGCCGCUGGCGGUACAGCUGGCUACAUCCGCACUCGCUCUACGCCUUCUCUCGUCGCUGGUCUUGGUCUCGGUGUCUCAUACGCAUAUGCUGGCUACCUUCUCAAAACCAACAAGGACUACGGAUCUGAGCUUGCUCUCGCCAACAGUGUCCUCUUGACCGGCUCAGCUGUGCCUAGAAUCAUCAAGACUGGUGGCCGAGCUCCCGUACCGCUUCUUCUUGGUGCUGCGGGCGGACUUGCGACAUAUUACUACCAGAAGAAGUUCCGUGAGUUUCGGUAUGGAGUCUGAGAACGUUGAGCAUUGGUGGAUCGAUGGAGCAGUGGCAAAGAACAAUAUCUCAUUGUAGAAUACUGUACGAUAUAGACAAUCUGUCCCAGGAAUCAUGUAGUUUAUGUAAGAUCCAAGAGACUAUUGAUGGUUGGCACAGAACAGAAAUAAUAAUACAUGCUGUGAAUCUUAAA